AUGGAGAAGGCAGGACUUGCGGAAGACGUAGCGCAGGCCCGUCGGCGUUGUCCUGUAACAUUCUUAGGGGUGCGCGAGGAAGUGAAAGGUGAAACUGCUUGGCGACAACAACGCGACAUCACGACACGAUCACACCAACACAAGGACACCAUCUUCGCGAAGUCGAUGGCUGACGUCACCGGAAUGAAAAAAGCAGUUUCGGCAAAAGUUCUCCAGUUAUUCGGUUCAUUCGCAGCAGCAGAAUAA